AUGAUGGACACAAUCAAUCUCAACCCUUACUAUAUAUAUACUCCACGUUUACCAUUAAAAGAUCAAGUUCGUCAAUCAUUGGCAACAUUAUUACAAACUGUUUAUAUUGAUUCAUUAGUAUUUCAUGCUACUGAACAGUCACAUAAUUUAGCAAUGGAAGUUUAUUGUGAAUAUGAAAAAUUUGUUGAUGUAGGCCGUGCUAAACAAUUAGGAAUUAGCAACUUAUAUAAUCCUAAUGAUUAA